ACUUGUUGCGCCGGCGGCUGCGUGGUGUCGCUCGCUCCCUCCGCUCCAGUUCGCCCAGGCGGGCGCGGCGGCGACGGCAGCGGCGGCGCGGGGACGGCGCGAUGCGGCGCUACCUGCGCGUCGUGGUGCUGUGCCUGGCCUGUGGCUUCUGCUCGCUCCUCUACGCCUUCAGCCAGCUCGCCGUGUCCCUGGAGGAAGGAGCGGGCGGCGGUGGCGGGAAGCCGCAGGCCGCAGCGGCUUCCUGGCUCGCGGGCGGCGGACGCGGCGCCGGGAGAGGGGCGGGCAGCGCGGGCCCCGCGGCGCAUCCCGGCCGGUCUGACAGGUGUAAAGAUUUCUCUCUGUGUUACUGGAAUCCCUAUUGGAUGCUGCCCUCUGAUGUUUGUGGAAUGAACUGCUUUUGGGAAGCGGCUUUUAGGUAUAGUCUGAAAAUGCAGCCCGUUGAGAGAGUGCACCUAGCCGUAGUUGCCUGUGGGGAAAGACUGGAAGAAACUCUAACCAUGUUGAAGUCAGCACUUAUCUUCAGCAUCAAACCUCUUCAGUUCCAUAUUUUUGCUGAAGAUCAACUGCAUGAUAGUUUUAAAGGCAUACUUAACAGCUGGUCAUUUCUACAAACAUUUAAUUAUUCAUUAUACCCGAUAACUUUUCCAAGUGAGAAUGCAGCAGAAUGGAAAAAGCUCUUUAAACCGUGUGCUUCCCAGAGAUUGUUCUUGCCAUUAAUCCUAAAAGAAGUUGACUCACUAUUAUAUGUUGACACUGAUAUCCUUUUUUUACGGCCCGUUGAUGAUAUUUGGUCUUUACUAAAGAAAUUUAAUUCCACACAAAUUGCUGCAAUGGCACCAGAACAUGAAGAGCCUCGAAUAGGCUGGUAUAAUCGCUUUGCCAGACAUCCAUACUAUGGAAAAACUGGAGUGAACUCUGGAGUUAUGUUGAUGAACAUGACCAGAAUGAGAAGGAAGUAUUUCAAGAAUGAUAUGACCACUGUGCGACUACGAUGGGGAGAUAUACUUAUGCCAUUGCUUAAAAAAUACAAACUGAACAUCACAUGGGGUGAUCAAGAUCUGUUGAAUAUCAUAUUUUUUCAUAAUCCAGAAAGCCUUUUUGUUUUUCCGUGUCAAUGGAAUUAUCGACCAGAUCAUUGCAUAUAUGGAAGCAAUUGCCAAGAAGCCGAAGAAGAAGGAAUCUUUAUUCUUCAUGGGAACAGAGGUGUUUACCAUGAUGAUAAGCAACCAGCGUUUAGAGCUAUUUAUGAAGCACUGAGAAAUUGUUCUUUUGAAGAUGACAACAUCCAUUCUUUAUUAAAGCCUUUAGAACUGGAACUACAAAAGACAGUGCAUACAUACUGUGGAAAAAUUUACAAAAUAUUUAUCAAACAGCUGACAAAAAGCAUACAGGAUCGUUAUGAUAGACCACCAAAGGAAAGGUGAUUCUUGGUGACCGCUAAAUCAAAUGAAUUAAAACAACAAAAUGUCAGAGGAUAUGUGUGAAGGAAUAGUCUUAGAUGAAGUGUUCAGGAAGGAAUUAUUCAUCUUCAGAAUAAUUUUUUUUCCCGAAGAAGUUAAAUGAGCAGUAUUUUCAUGUAAUGAAGAAUAAGUUGAAGUCUUGGACCCCAACAAGAAGAUAUUUUUGAUUUCUGAUGUUUUGUAAUGCUAUUUGCUAUCAUUCUAGUAUUGAUGAAGAUAUUAUUGAAUGGUUAUAGCCUACAGACUUCGUUUGACUCUUACUCUCAAGUGGGUAAGAGCAGUAGGGAUGUAUGGUUGGAGAAAAAUGUACCUCAUACACAGUGGAAACACUCAAACUGUGAGUAUAGCAAUAAUUUUACGUCAGCACUAACCUCACUUUAAAUGUGUGAGAAAAGAAAGUUGUUUACAGGAGCAGAAAAUGUUCUGUUUCUAAAGAAAUGUGAUGUAACUGAUGUC